GGGGCAGCGGUGGGCGGGGCCGCUCGGGAGCCCGGAAGCGGCGGAGGAGCCCUGAGGCGGCGGCGGAGCCGGAGCCCGGAGGCGGCGGCGGGUCCCGCUCGUUCCCGAUCACUCCUGAUCCCGUCAGCCGCUGCCGGCGGCGCGUCCCGAUCCCGCCGGGUCCCGGCAGCGGCCCCGGGGCCGCCAUCCCAGUGGAUUCCGUACCCAGCGGCCCCCGGGCAUGGCGGGCCGCGGGAAGCUGAUCGCGGUGAUGGGCGACGAGGACACGGUGACCGGGUUUCUUCUGGGCGGCAUCGGGGAGCUGGACAAGCACCGGCGGCCCAACUUCCUGGUGGUGGAGAAGGAAACAAGCCUGGCUGAGAUCGAGGAGACGUUCCGGGGUUUCCUGGCGCGGGAGGACGUGGGCAUGAUCCUGAUCUCGCAGGCCCUGGCGGAGCAGAUCCGGCCGGCAGUCGCCGCCCAUGCCCGGGCGCUGCCCGCGGUGCUCGAGAUCCCCUCCAAGGACCACCCCUACGACCCGGCCCGGGACUCGGUGCUGCGCCGCGCCCGGGGGCUCUUCGCACCGGAUGAGCUGCGAUAGAGCCCCCCGGGAUACCCCAACCCCUCCCGACACUGCCCCAAAUCUCUCUCUAAGCUCCCCCAAACAGUUCCCCCGGUACCCCCAGUAUGUGCAAACCUCCUCAGCACCCCCAAACUGUCCCCUUCACCCUGUGCCCGUGGCCUCUUUGCACCCAGCCACGGGUGACGGGCAGCAGGGAAUCCCAAACACUCCCCGGUACCUUCCCAGCACCCUCAAACAGUCGCCCACCAUUCCCCUAACUUCUUCACACUUGACAACCUGUGAUAGCCCUCCCUGGUACCCCAGAACAGCCCCUGGGGCCCCGUGGGGUCCCAAGCCAGGCCUGGGAGUCUCCACCCCAGAAAAAAACCCACACAGGGGCCCCCAGCCCACCUGGGGCAGUUGUGCCCUAUGCCUGGGGCCCUCUCUCCAAGAAGUCCCCAUCCCAGAGUGCUGCUGGGGCGUCCCUAGGGUUCCCAGGGUGUUCUCUGGGUGCUGGGGAGCUGUGGGUGCCCCGUGGGUCUGAGGGUGACACCGGGAACUCUGCGGGUGCCUGGGGCAGCCACGGGAGCCUUGUGCGUGACCCGUGACUAUGUCUCAGCCGUGUCCCACCAUGGGGAAGUGGCAGUACCGUAUCCUGCUGAAUCCUGCCAGAUCCUGCCUGUAGGCAGGGAGGGACAGCUGGGGAGGGGGGGGCAAAGGAGCACCCCAAGGACACUGGGAGUUGUCACUGUGACCUUGUCACCAUUGCCCCAGCUCCUCCCCAGCCUCCUCACCCCAGCAGAACCUGUGGGGAAUGUUAUUUAUUGUUGUCCCCCAGUGCCCACGUGUCACUCGUGUCCCCCGUGUUUCUCCCUGACAGUGUCCCCAACAUGUGCUGACACCACUCAUUGUCUGCUCUGCU